AUGCGGGCCAGUCUUCGGACACCUAGUUAUGCCUCAACUUCUUAUAUAAGGGAGACAUCCUGGCUCGAGCUGAACAACUUGCUCCUCAUGGAAGAACUCGCAUCUUGCGCUUCCUCCUCCUUACUUUUCCCUUUUCAUCAUAAAGCCUCACCCACUCUCCAGCAACUCGUCCACUUGAUCCUCCAAACCCGAACUGAGGAGUGGAUUUACUUCAUCUUUUGGCGGCCCUCAAGAGACAAACACGGCUGUCUCGUCCUCACCUGGGCCGACGGCCAUUUCCAAGGAACUACAAGAGACCCAUUCACAUCCAAACACACCACCAAAAGGGUGCUCGAAGAAACCCAAUGUCUGAAUGAUAAGUUCGCUCACAGUAGCGACAUCGGUGACCCUGAAUGGUACUACAUAUUCUCGGUUGCGAGGUCAUAUUCAUCCGAACAUGGCCUUCUGGGGAAAGCAUUUCGCUCAGGAGGUCACGUCUGGUUGAAUGGUGAAGACCGCCAUGAGCUGGAGAUGUAUGAGUGUGAUGAGAGGGUCAAAGAAGCAAGAAUGUAUGGAAUCAAGAGCAUAGCGUGCAUAUCAAUCCCUAAUGGUUCUGGGGUUCUUGAAUUGGGCUCCUCAGAGAUCAUUAAAGAAGAUUGGAGCUUAGUUCAUUUGACCAAGUGCCUCUUCCCUUCUCGUUUCUGGAACCCUCCUGUCGAUCCUCGUGGAGAGAACCAAUCCAACGACGAAUCGGCACUUGUCGAUGCCAGCAAGCGUCCAUUUUCUAAACCUGUCGGCACGGCAUAUCAUAACAUAUCUAAGAAGAGCUAUCGGAAGAAAAUAGUCGACGACGACGAUAAAGAAUCUUCAUUGUCGCCGUCGCUGUCAGGUCCCUUGAGCCACGUGGAGGCAGAGCGGCAGCGAAGGGAUAAAAUGAACCAGCGGUUCUAUGCGCUCCGUUCCGUCGUCCCCAACGUGUCAAGGAUGGACAAGGCGUCUCUCCUUGCUGAUGCCGUCGACUACAUCAAGGAACUCCGGUCCCGGAUCGACGCAUUGGAGUCCAAGCUCUUCAAGUACGAGCGCUCGUCUCCGAAGCGCCUCAAGAGUGAUAGGGCUGUCGCUGACGUGAGUGAGACAACGUCGCUUCUGAGCAACAACAGCUCGACAAUGGCCUCAACGACGUUGGCUGUCCCAAGGCUGAGUGAGAUGGCGGUGGAGGUGAAGGUGUUGGGGCCGGAGGCGGUGAUCCUGGUGCGGAGCCCCAAUGUGGGGCAUCCGUGCGCGAGGUUGAUGGACGUGCUCGAGGAAUUGGGGUUGGCGGUCCGACACGCCAGCAUGUCGUGUGUGAAGGGGAUGAUGCGUCAGGAUGUGGUGAUUAGGACUCCGGUUGACUGCUUGGUCAGCGACCAUUCCAUGAGAGAUGCCAUUCGGAAUAAGCUAUGCAAGUUGUAA